GAAAUACUGCACACCCAACUCCCCGUCGGCUUCAGCGUCCUCUCUUCUAUGAGCAUCCUCCUCGGUGUGGGUUUGGAAAGAGGUCCUCCCUUUAGUUCCCGUGUCUACAUGACAGCCGCGUAGGUUCUCACGUACAGUCAAAACAGAAAGACAUGGCGAGAAACCGUAAAGACAGAGACAGCUGGGGGUCCUUCACAGACAAAGCCACCUACGACUGGAGCUCAGAGGAGGAGGAGCCCGAUGGAAGGGCGCGGCCCAUCCAGGUGCUUGUUGUCAAGGACGACCACACCUUCGAGUUGGACGAGGUGGCGCUGAGUCGGAUCCUAUUGGCCGAAGAGGUCCACAACAGGGAAGUGGUGGCCAUAUCUGUGGCCGGGGCGUUCCGCAAGGGCAAGUCCUUCCUCAUGGACUUCAUGCUGCGUUACAUGUACAGCCAGGCGUCUGAGGAGUGGCUGGGGGAGGCAGAGGAGCCCCUGACGGGGUUCUCCUGGAGGGGUGGAUCUGAGAGGGAGACCACUGGCAUUCAGAUCUGGAGCGAAGUGUUCCUGGUGGACAAGCCAGAUGGACGCAAGGUGGCUGUUCUACUGAUGGACACCCAGGGAACGUUCGACAGCCAGUCAACGUUGAGGGAUUCAGCCACUGUGUUUGCACUAAGCACUAUGAUCAGCUCCAUGCAGGUGUACAACAUCUCGCAGAAUGUCCAGGAGGAUGAUCUUCAACACUUACAGCUCUUCACUGAGUAUGGCAGACUCGCUAUGGAGGAAACGUUCCUUAAACCAUUCCAGUCCAUGAUAUUCCUGGUCCGGGACUGGAGUUUUCCCUACGAGUUCGGCUACGGGCAGGAAGGAGGCAUGAAGUUCCUGGAGAAAAGACUCAAGAUCUCAGAGAACCAACAUGAGGAGCUGCAGAACGUUCGUAAACACAUCCACUCCUGCUUCACCAACAUCUCCUGCUUCCUGAUGCCCCACCCCGGACUCAAAGUGGCCACCAACCCCAACUUCGACGGCAGACUCAAAGAGAUCGACCGUGAGUUCAUCAACAACCUGCAGGUGCUGGUCCCGUGGCUGCUGAGUCCCAGGAACCUGGAUGUCAAGGAGAUCAACGGCAGCAACAUCACCUGCAGAGGCCUGCUGGAGUACUUCAAGGCAUACAUCAAAAUCUACCAGGGGGAGGAGCUGCCACACCCGAAAUCCAUGCUGCAGGCCACGGCGGAGGCCAACAACCUGGCAGCAGUGGCCGCAGCCAGGGACCUGUACAACAAGAAGAUGGAGCAGGUGUGUGGUGGGGACCGGCCCUUCCUGGCUCCAGCAGAGCUCCAGGCCAGACACAGUGACAUCAGAGAGGAAGCCCUCCAGGUGUUUCGGGGGGUCAAGAAGAUGGGAGGGGAGGAGUUCAGCCGACGCUACCUGCUACAGCUGGAGGGAGAGGUGGACGAGGUGUUCAACCAGUACAUCAAGCACAACGACUCCAAGAACAUCUUCCACGCCGCCCGCACCCCGGCCACUCUGUUCGUGGUGAUCUUCAUCAUGUACGUGGCGGCGGGGAUCACGGGCUUCGUGGGGGUUGACAUCAUCGCCAGCGUGUGUAAUAUGAUUCUGGGCCUGACGUUGAUCACCCUGUGUACCUGGGCCUACAUACGCUACUCUGGGGAGUACCGAGAGCUGGGUCAGGUCAUCGACCAGGUGGCUGGAGCACUCUGGGACCAGGGAAGCACAAAUGAGGCACUGUAUAAGCUGUAUAACGCUGCAGCCAAUCACGGGCACCUGUACCACCAUGCGUUCUCUGGUCCCCAGGCCCCCGAAGAGGGGGCGGAGGCCCCCGAGAAACCCACCAGGAUGAGGAACUGACUGGGUGACCUGAUUGGCUAGAGCACAGCAGGGACUGCCGGGUACCUCUUAAGUAGCAUGAUGGACAGAGGGGAGGGAAGAGGGGGAGACGUGGGAAGCAUCCUCAUCCGCAGGGCACUCUUUUACUAUGGUAUUGGCUGGAACAGUCCAGAAACGCGUUCACUAUUUUAAAUCCAAAUGUGGACCAUUGUAAUGUCCCAGAGGCAGUGGCACAAUCUCCCUUUGAACUGGGGUUGCUGCCCUAUCAACAAUGGGGAUUUUCACUUAUCAUUGUCCUUCAUUUGGAGAACAUAGGGUGCAGUAGAGUCAUUUUAUAGUUUGCGGCAGAUUUAAUUGUCUUGCGUCAGAUCGCGUGCCGAACGGCCGUCUGCAACUUGGUAGUUUGGCAACGCGUUCCCCUUUUAGAAGAGAAACGAAGCCAUCUGUCGUUUGAAGACAAUGCUGCUGAUUUUCACGAAUAGGAGUUUACCUGAUUAUGCCGUUUUGGGGAUCGAGGUUUAAUCGAAGUUGACCUCUGACCUUGUAACUGACUGGUGGUCCAUGUAUGUUGAUGUUUGAUCGAGUUUAGUGUUUUUAAUCUAAGAAACGUCCCAAAUGGGGUGGCAGGGUAGCCUAGUGGUUAGAGCGUUGGACUAGUAACUGGAAGGUUGCAAGUUCAAAUCCCCGAGCUGACAAGGUACAAAUCUGUCAUUCUGCCCCUGAACAAGGCAGUUAACCCACUGUUCCCAGGCAGUCAUUGAAAAUAAGAAUGUGUUCUUAACUGACUUGCCUAGUUAAAUAAAGAUAUAAAAUAAAAAUAUAAUAAAAGGAAUAGGGUCCCUUUUGGUUAAGCAUCUUUGCUUAAAAUAUACACAUUUGAAUCCGCAUGGUAAAUCGUUAGUGUCUACCGUUUUAGGCUCUCCAGUCUCAUCUUGAGUCUGGUAUAUUUGUCACAUGUUUUAGGGCUUGUACUUAUCCUGGCACUUUAAAAGGAAAACUCCACCCAAAGACUAAUCUUUUGGUAUCUGUUUCAUUCGUCCACUGUUGACAUAGUCCUAAAAAAAUGUUUUGCUUAUCAGCGAUCACGUUUUUAAAAGAUAUAUAACUUUCAAAAUACAGGGAUUUCUGUAUUUCAUCACACGGGGAGAUGUUUGUUUGUUUCUUAGUUAUUGAAUCUGUGGGUACUGUGUGCCAAUAUAGUGCAUCUACAGUUUCGUGCAGCAUUGUCUUCCUUCGUAUGUGGCUGCCACUAGUUUACAUGGACGUCAGAGCGUCAUACUGUGCACACAGAAUUAAAUAUAUGUUAUUGUAUCUCAAAAUUGUCACAAAUUUAGACUGGAAAGGAAUUCACUGGCGGGGGGACACGAUAGUUGUAAUUUAAGUAGUGGAAAUACUCCCCAAACACUGAGUUAGUUACGGUAGACAUGAACCAGAGUGUAAUUUGUGAUGUGUUCAAAGAGCCUUCAACUAAUGGCACAGGGCUGGGUAGAGGUAGAGAAUAAUUCUAAACAGUUCAAAGUUCACUCUAUCUAUUAUAUGUAUCUAUCACUUCAUAUCGGUCUGCUUCCUGCUCAGUUUUGGUAAAUAAAUACAUUUCAAAAAAACA